AUGUCCCAAGCAGUUGCACUGGUGACUGGAGCGACGGGCCAGCAAGGCGGUGCUACUGCGCGUGAGGUUCUCAAGUCCGGACUCAAAGUUCAUGCCCUGGUCCGAAACCCACUUUCCGACUCGGCCGUUGAGCUUCAACGCCUGGGAGUCCAAUUGUUCCCUGGCGAUUUCGACGACAAAGCCUCCCUGAAUGCCGCAAUGAAAGAUGUGACUGCAAUCUUCUUGAAUGUCUCGCCCAUACCUUCCGACCAUGAGCGCGAGGUGAUCCAGGCCAAGAAUAUCCUACGGGCUGCCUCUUCAUCAGGCACAGUCACUACGAUUGUGUAUUCUAGCGUGACAAUGACGGGAAAGCACGAGUCGUUCCCGAACUGGAGCCCUGACUACCCAUCAGCGUGGUAUUGGCAAAACAAAGCUCGCAUUGAGUCCAUGGUGCGGGCAUCAGAUGCCAAAUACUGGACUAUUCUCCGACCUGCAUUCCUUAUGAACAACUAUCACGGACCGACUGCUUCCCAUAUGUUCCCCGACUUGGUUCAAAAACGAACAUUUCUGACAGCAUACAAGCCCAGUACUGCCAUGACAUUAGUGGACCCGGGCGAUGUUGGGAAAUUUGCAGUAGCAGCGAUCGUUGACCCUUCGGCCUUCAACAGACACGAAAUCGACUUAGGAGUCGAGUCGCUUAGGCCAGCCGAGAUCGUGAAUGAGCUUUCCCGCGCGAGUGGGACUGACAUUGCUCUUCAAUUCUAUAGCGAGCGGGAAGCCGCAGAUCUCGCCCUGAAGGACCCAAGGAUCGAUGCUCAACUGUGGGCAAACGAUGUCGGAUACCAAGUUGAUUUUGAGAGACUGUCGAAGUAUCCGCUGCGCUUGACCCCAUUUUCAGAGUACCUCGAGAAGCAGGAUCUCCGUACAAUGUGA